AUGGAGUCAGAGGUGACAGACCCACUUGAUGAGCACACAAAUCUUCCAUUGACUGCCCAGUUCAUUGAUCGACUGAUUUCACAACUCGAAGCAUACAAACCCGAGUCCACAGACCACAGUGAUGACCAGAACCAGCUCGCUGCGCGUCCCCAGCGACGCACGCUUCCAACUCAAUCAUCUUUCUCCGCCCUCUCCGAGGCGCAACUAUCUAAAGUGAAACCGAUCAUGCUUACACUACACUGUCUUUUCCCAAAUGAGCUCCUCCUGGCCCUGGAUAUCCUGGACCGGGCUCUGGUCAGACGCUUCACACAGGAAGCCCCCGUCCACGCCCGCGGCUCAUGCCUUGUCCAGGAACACGCAUCAUCACGCUCAAGCCCCGGCGGUCUGAACCCAGGCCAUGCAGAAGAUCCAGGAGAAGAUGUGUUCCAUGUCAUCUCGACUUCCGCAGCGUUGCCCGCAUCGCCAUCGCGGCCGCCGCUCGCUCGCACAGAGCAGGGCUACGAAGUCCGCCUACACGCCUGGAACUGCACGUGUCCCACCUUUACGCUCAAUGUGUUUCGCGACCCGGGGCCGGAGACACCGCCCUCUGUCAAUGGUGCUGGUGCUGGUGCUGGUGCCGGGGGCGAGGAUGGCGAGUCCCAUGUUGCCGACUCGAGUCCCCGAUCUAGCUUGCCGUAUCGGUUCGGCGGCACAUUGACCUGCGGAGCCACCCGGGCCGCACCCCCGGUCUGUAAGCAUCUUCUUGCUUGCUUGCUCAUGGUGCGCUGUCCGGGACUUUUUGGCGGGAGUCGAGAUGGGUCCGAUCGUGUCGUUCUCAGCGCUGCGGAGUUGGCGGGCUGGUGUGCCGGGUGA